AACUCAAAUUCUUUACUUCAAUUUCCCAAGUUGCCGCUUUGUUCUUCCCUUAGUGGGUAUGAAAUCCCUGAAAUUUACAGAACGACGAGGCCUGGAGAACCAGGUUGGAAAUUCAUCAGAAACGUUUCACUUGCUGACAUGGCAAGUUGGGGAAUAAUUCUGAACACAUCCACCCAUUUGGAUGGAAUUUACAUUGAACACUUGAAGAACCAAGUAGGUCAUAAUCGUGUUUGGGCAGUGGGGCCUCUUAUGUUGCCUAAAGACGAUGAUACGGCCGGCGAUCUGAUGACGUGGCUCGGUGCUCCCGAGGACGGAUCCGUUGUUUACGUAUGCUUCGGGAGCCGUGGCAUGUUGACGAAGAAGCAAACGAAUGAGUUAGCCGCGGGGCUGGAGAAAAGCGGGGUAAACUUUAUAUGGUGUGUGAAGUUACAGAAUGAAAAACACGUGGCAAGAGAUUGCGGCGACAUUCCUGAAGGGUUCGAAGAUCGUGUGGCUGGGAGGGGUUACAUCAUCAAGGGAUGGGCUCCCCAGGUGGAGAUACUGAGGCAUAGGGCUGUGGGCGUGUUCUUGACUCACUGCGGGUGGAACUCCACGUUGGAAGGAAUUGCCGGCGGUGUACUGAUGCUGACGUGGCCCAUGCGGGCGGAGCAGUUUCUAAAUGCUCGAUUGCUUGUUGAAUAAUUAGGCGUGGGGAUGAGAGCUGGUGAAGGGACUCGUAAUAUUCCCGAGUCAACAGAGUUGGCUCAGUUGUUGAUUGAGUCACUAGAUGAAACAAGAGCAGAGAGAGUGAAAGCGUAAGAGUUAAGAGAUGCUGUGGUGGGUGGGGUGGAAAAAGGAGGAUGUUCCGACAAAGAUUUGGAUGCAUUUGUUGACUGUUUACUUGAGAUAAAGCCUUGAGACAUGGAUAACAAGUGUAUCAAAUUUAUGUUUCUCCUAUUGAUUCCUUCUGUUCUGUGUUGGACUAUA